AGGGAGGGGGAGAGAGAGAUUUGCUCCAAAUGAGGGGGUGAGAGAGAGAGAGAGAGAGAGAGAGAGAUUUCUUUCUUUCAAAUAAAGGGGUGAGGGAGAAUCAUGUGUAUAGCGACGUGGGCAUGGCGAGCUCAUCCCUUAUACCCACUGAUCCUCUUCCUCAACAGAGAUGAAUAUUAUAACAGGCCUACAGAGCCGGUUUCGUGGUGGGGAGAGCCCGAGAUUAUUGGUGGAAAGGAUUGUUUGGCCGGUGGCACAUGGUUGGCUUGCUCAAAGCAUGGCCGCUUGGCCUUCCUCACUAACUUUAGGGAAGUUGAUGUCACCCCUGAUGCUAAAACCAGAGGAGAAUUGCCACUUCGCUUCUUGCAAAGUGAGAAGAACCCCAUAGAAUUUGCUGAAGAAGUGGUGAAAGAAGGGCAUCACUAUAAUGGGUUUAAUCUAAUCAUGGCCGAUCUUUGGUUGGAAAGCAUGGUCUAUGUUAGCAAUCGACCAAAGGAUGAGCCUGCUACAUUCAAAGAGGUUUCUCCUGGUCUUCAUGUGCUCUCAAAUGCCAAAUUGGAUACCCCAUGGCCAAAGGCUACCCGUUUAAUUCUGAGUUUUGAGAAACUGCUAAAAGAAUAUGAUAGAGAAGAAAUCCCUGAAAAAGAAAUGCUACAUAAGUUGAUGUUGGAUACAAUGAAGGCUGAUCGAGAAAAUCUACCAAAUACUGGCUGUGAUCCUGAUUGGGAUUAUAACUUGAGUUCUAUUUUUGUUGAAACUGAUAGCGAGAAGGGAUGCUAUGGUACUAGAAGCAUGGUUGCUCUCUCAAUAAGAGCCAGUGGUGAAGUAAGCUUUUACGAGAGGUAUCGUGACAAUGAUAUCUGGAAGGAGCACUCAACAUUGUAUAGGAUUAACUCUGCCUGAUGGUAGCCACUGGUCAUUUUGUGAUGAACAAACACAACAAAACAAGCUCUGGUUAUUAAUGUAUUACUGGUGAGGGGUGCGAUUAAGGAGACAUGAUGCUUAGUGGUUGCUGGGAGAGAUGGGGUCACCGAAGUGGUGUUUGUUUACUUGGGAUACCGAGUGUUGCUGUGGUGAUUCUAUACUGGUUGUUGGAAUUUGGCAGUUGUCAUUUGUUAAGUAUCUAUUAAGAAUUAUUUUGCUAGUCAUAUAUAUGACUAUAUUUAUAACUUAGAGCAUGUAGAUGACAAUCCCAUUUGCUCAUGCUAAUGGACUUGGAACGGGUAUAAUAA